GAGGAAAUACCUUUUCAUUGUAAUUGGUCGAAAGCCACACUUCCAUUGUUUCUCUGUUCAAAUAUUCCUUUCAGGUUGAAUAUAACCAUGCACAUCUUUAAUAACACUUUUAAAGAGAGCCCGAACAUUAGGAUACGCACAAUACAAGCAGGACCCAAGGAACUCUACCGGAUGGGGCCGACUAACUUCAGAACCCACGAGAUGAUUAAUUGCGGUCCAGAUAAUCAUUGUAUGAUAUUUUUAACAGAAAAUAAGUCAGAUGAAGAAUCUGAUAGUACUAUAGAUAUCAACAAUCUGAUCACAAUCAUUUUUGGUGCAAUAUCAAGCUUAAUGAUACCUGUGCUACUGUUACUGGCCAGAAAUCGUAUUCUGGAUAGAAGAAAUACCACAAAAGAUGACAGAAAACCAGGUGAUGGCGCAGAGGACAAAACAUCAUAUGACGAUGAAGAUAUCGUUCCAUCUUUAUAAUUAACAUUUCUCUUAUGGCACUAUCUCAUUUUGUUUAAAGAGCAUUGCAACAUUGCAGUGUUUUGGUUGAGUGAAAUACAUGUUUUGUAAUUGAACAAAACCAAUACGAAAAGGUUGAUGUUAAACGAAUAUUUUAUCCUUUUCGGAUCAGUCAGAAUCCUACUUCGUCAAAAUUAUCUCCCCAUUACGCCAGUUCAUUUUCACAAUCGUAGAAACGGAAGCCAUUGUAGGGAUGACGCGCUACCAAUUUUGCUCUUGGAAACCGAUAAAUUUAUCCACAUUGCACCAUUACGAUCCUUAUAUGUCAGUUGUAUUUUUAAAGACAAAUGUAUUAACUAGCUAAUGAGCAUCAGAUAAUAAUCUUGUCUGCAUUGAUUCAAUUUAAAACUAUUGUCUGAUCGGUUGUCGGGUGGAAUUUUUGAAAAUUCAUAAACAUUUAAAAAUAUUCUUAUUAAAUAUUUCGUGGAAGGGCAGACUAGAUUUUUUUAGAGUAUAAAGACUAUAAACUCUAGUUAUCACACACAAAAAAUUAGAAUUUUUCGAAGAUAUGCAUUUUCAUCAUCCAACUUGAAAGACUGUCGUCAAGUACUUUCAGUAAAAAAUAGCCAUUCGAACACACCUUCUCUGUUUUUGUGACUCAUUAGAUAGGUAUUUCACU